CGCCCGGAAGUGCGCCUACCCAGCAUCAGCCGCAGCCACAACAACAACAGCAGCAUCAGCCGCCUCAACAGCUAUUCCCUGAGAAAGGUCCCCUGAGCACCUACGGUACCCCCGCGCCAACCCAAAGCCCGCUUCAGCACCCCGGCAUGCCACAACAGCAAACCAGCCAACAGCAGACACAACCACAGCAGCAGGUCCAAGCCUCACAGCCACAGUUCGCGGGCGCAGGAAGCACACAAGCAGACGAUGUGGGCACCUUCAACGGUGGCAGCUACCGCGUGAGCCACCGCGACACGAACACCAUCCUCACCGUGCAAUUGGCAAUUGGGUGUCCAUUCACCGCGAAGCCCGGCGCAAUGAUAGCAAUGACGCCCACCAUCACCCUCAAGGGCACCAUGAAAUUCUCGCUCAAAAAGGCCCUGAUCGGCGGCGACAUGACGAAAUCGCAAUACACUGGGCCUGGCGAACUUCUCCUUGCACCUGCAUCUAUCGGCGACAUUACCAUCAUCAAGCUUGGGGGCCACGAGCAGUGGAGCGUGGGUAAGGAUGCGUUUCUGGCGUGUACUCAGGGUAUUGUCACGGAGUAUAAGAGCCAGGGUGUUACGAAGGCCAUGUUUAGCGGCGAGGGCCUGUUUGUGUAUAAAAUUAGUGGACAGGGUAUUUUGUGGUGCACGAGUUUUGGGGCGAUUAUCAGGAAGGAUAAGGACGAGAAGUAUAUCAUCGACAACGGCCACCUUGUUGCGUGGAACUGUAAGUACGUCCUCGAGCGUGUUGCAUCUGGUGGCAUCGUGUCGAACAUGAUGGCUGGCGAAGGCCUGGUGUGCAAAUUCACGGGACCAGGAACGGUCUUCAUGCAGACAAGGAAUGCGCAGGCCUUUGCGGCAUGGUUGGGCGCCAACUCUGCGAAUGCAUCAAUGUGAGGAAUACACGUUGUAUGUUGCGUUUGUUCAUUAUGCGAAUACCAGUAUUCUAUCAUACAGACUUCCUCAUCAGUAUCAGAUUUUCCGAGACAUCGUAUUACAC